GACGAGGCUAGCGCGGGAGCCGCUGCUGGGCGUUCUAAAGUUACUAUCAGAGCUCGUGCAACUUCCCGACCCCGGAUCCAGAUCAUAGCCAGUGAUUAUCGCAUGUCCGCUCCGCCUCUUCUGCUUCUUUCAAUUCACUAGCAUGGUGACCUGGUAAACUGCGGUCUCCUCAAUCCUUUCUCCGUCUUGCGCAACCGUCAUUGAAGUGAUCCCGAGCGUGUUCCCCUCCCGGAGGUCCCCUCCCAGCUACAAUGGCUACCACCACUUCCACUUCCGAGGAACAGAGCCGCCUGCUCGAGGAGGCUCUGGGAGUGGUACGGCAGCAGUCGCAUAUGAUGCGAAAAUGCUUAGAGACUCCAGGAAAGCUGAUGGAUGCGCUCAAAUGCGGAUCUACCUUGGUCUCGGAACUACGAACGCCCAGUUUGGGCCCGAAACAAUACUACGAGCUCUACAUGGCCGUCUUUGAUGCGUUGCGACACCUGUCCGUCUACCUGCGCGAAAGCCACCCCGUGAAUCACCUCGCCGACCUCUACGAGCUGGUCCAAUAUGCGGGCAACAUCAUCCCUCGUCUGUAUCUCAUGAUCACGGUGGGGACGGUCUACAUGUCGGUGGAAGAUGCCCCGGUCAAGGAGAUUAUGAAGGAUAUGAUGGAGAUGAGCCGCGGUGUGCAGCACCCCAUCCGGGGUCUGUUCCUGAGAUACUAUCUCUCUGGACAGGCGCGGGAUCAUCUACCUACCGGAUCAGGAGAUGGCCCAGAAGGCAACUUGCAGGACUCGAUCAACUUUAUCCUGACGAAUUUCGUGGAAAUGAACAAGUUAUGGGUCAGACUACAGCAUCAGGGUCCCUCUAGGGAACGGGAGCAGAGAACGCAGGAGAGACGGGAAUUGGAAUUGCUGGUUGGCAGCAACAUCGUCCGCUUGAGUCAGUUGGUUGACUUAGAAACCUACAAGUCGGUUAUUCUGCAACCUCUCCUGGAACAGGUGGUUCAAUGUCGUGAUGUUUUGGCACAGGAGUACCUCCUUGAAGUUAUCACAAAGGUGUUCCCUGAUGAGUACCACCUCCACACUCUGGAUCUCAUGCUCUCUGCUAUCGCGAGGCUUAAUCCGCAUGUGGAUAUGAAGAAGAUCGUCAUUGGACUCAUGGACCGGCUAUCAUCUUACGCUGCUAGAGAGUCAGAAACAACGGAGGACCCUGCAACCAAACAGAAGGCCGAGGAGGAAGCUGUCACCAAGCUUCUGGAGAAAUUAAAGGUGUCCGAGAAGGCGAAGGGUGACGAGAGCGCAGAGUCUGGUGCUAUCCAGGAAAAUGGUGCGAAGGCCGAAGAGCAAUCUGAAGCACCGGACGAAUCCGAAAAGCCCUCUGAGGAAAAGGCAACGACGAACGGAGUGACCGGUGUAACGAAAACGGGUAUUCCGGGCGACAUCAAGCUGUACGAGAUAUUCUACGAGCAGGUUGUCAAUUUGAUUAAGACUCGGGGCUUGCCAAUACAGGAUGCUCUCGCAUUGUUGGUAUCUCUCGUUAACCUUGCUCUGAACAUUUAUCCCGAUCGUCUAGAAUAUGUCGAUCAAGUCCUUGAAUAUGCCAUCCAGAAGACGGCUGAGUAUGCCGACCAUGCCGACCUUCACUCGACACCAGCACAGCAGAAUAUUUUGAGCCUCCUCCUUUCUCCCCUCCGAUCAUAUCACUCCAUUUUCACAGCACUCACCUUGCCCAACUAUAUACCCCUUCUCUUAUCGCAGUCUUAUUCUACGCGCAGGUCGGUGGCAGCCGAGGUUGCCCGCAGUAUCUUGCGCAACAAGACUCUGAUCACUACAUCCGAGAAUCUGGACAGGGUUCUACAGGUGCUGAGGGUUCUGAUCAAAGAAGGCACGCAGCAACCGGUGGGAUAUCCCGGAUUGUCAUCACAGCGUCGUGGAGGGGAGACGGACGAGACGAUCGAGGAACAAGGAUGGCUUGCCAGGCUGGUGCACCUGAUCCAGGGGCCUGAUAAUGAUACCCAAUUGAAACUCCUCCAGGCAACCCGCAAGGCGUAUACAGAUGGUGGCGAACGCAUCCGUUAUACUACACCAGCCAUCAUCACAGCUUCGUUGCGGCUAGCUCGCAAGUUGAAAUCCCGGGAGCAUUUCGAUGACAACUGGCAGGGCCAGUCUUCGACUCUGUACCGAUUCAUGCACCAAUGUGUUAGUAACCUCUACCAGAGGGUGAACCCCGGCUGUGCCGAUCUUGCUCUUCGGCUGUUCGUAAUGUGUGGUGAGAUUGCCGACCAGACCGGCUUCGAAGAGUUCAGCUACGAGUUCUUUGCCCAAGCGUUCACAAUCUAUGAAGACGCUAUCAGCGAUUCGAGAGCACAGUUCCAAGCAGUCUGCAUCAUCGCGGGCGCUCUUAGUCGAACGAGAGGAUUCUCCAAGGAAAAUUACGACACUCUGAUCACGAAAGCUGCCUUGCACGGAAGCAAACUGCUCAAGAAGCCCGAUCAAUGCCGGGCGGUAUAUCUGGCAAGCCACCUAUGGUGGCUCGUUGAGGACGCCCAGAGAGAGGAAGAUCCCAAGAACCUCUACCGCGAUGGCAAGCGCGUUCUUGAAUGUCUCCAGCGCGCUCUCCGCGUCGCCGACGCUUGCAUGGACACUGCCGUAUCCGUUGAACUCUUCGUCGAGAUCCUCAACCGAUACGUGUACUAUUUUGAUCAAGGCAACGAAACCGUCACGGUCAAGUACCUCAACGGUCUCAUCGAACUGAUCCACUCGAACCUGCAGACCAACCAAGGCGAAGCCAAUGCCAGCCUGGAGGCCCCGAAACGCCACUUCGAGCGCACUCUGGAGUAUAUCCGAUCGAGAGAAUACGAAGGAGUCAUCACUGAGGCGCGGACGUGAUGAACGCAUGCACACCAGUGGAGAGAAAGAGGAGCGCGGGAGGAAGUAAGUUGAAAUAAUCCGUAUAUGCAUCGUGUAUGUUAUGACGGGUGACGGUAGAGAGGAGAGCAGGCAGAAGAUGACAGCGAUGUAAAAUGCAGCGUGAAUGAUAUUCUAACAGAGCCAACCAAAGACCCUUUUUUCUUUUUCCUUUUCCCCUCUUUUUCCAGAACCUAGGUAUUUUAUACUAGCAGUGUACUAUGCAUUGAAUAUAAUGCGAUCGCAAUUAUACCAGCCUCUUCAAGUAUCAAUGUACGAUGUUCAUC